AUAUAACGGCAGAUUUCCAGCAAGCGCCAUUGCUUAAUCUAAGCUUGACUAGGAUUUUCGUUUUGUGUUUCAAAUUUAUAUUAAUAGUUUUUUGAGUAUUUAAUUUUGUAAUAUGGAGGAAUGCCGCACACCAACUGGUCAGCAUCUAUUCAGCUAUAAUCGUACGCCCAUACUGUCGGUGAUCAAUAAAAAUGCUCAAAAUAUACGCUGCUCCACACCCAUUUUUGGUGACCUGCGUUCGCCAAAUAUGUCGCCCAUUAGGGAUAUGCGGGCACAUAGAAGGACCACAUCGGCAACGUUCUUUAAAAAGGCAUUUAAAAAACAACACCUUGCGAAGUCCAGCUUGAAGCCUCCUGGCCGGAAACUUGAGGAUCGCAACAACAGCUUGGAUGAGUUCAUGGAUGAUUCGAGCAGCGGCAACAGUGCGGAAAAUUCAUUGUGCAAGGAAUCACGGCGUCGUUCGCUGCUUGCGGCAAAUCAUUCGUAUGUCAUCAAUCAUGCGAGCAAUGUACAUGAUGUGCUGCUCCUUGUGGGUCUAGAAAGCUAUCUUGAUAAGUUCGAAAAGGCGCACAUUGAUCUGGUUGAAUUGGUUUCGAUGGAGCACAAAGAUCUUAAACGAUUGGGACUGCGUAAUGAUGAGGAUUGCAAUCGCAUAUUGGACGCUCUUAAAGAAAUAUAGAGUGUUUGGUGUCAUCUAUUUGCAGCGAUCGCCGGCUAAUCUGCUUAUA